AUGGAACCGCCCGACUUACAGAGACAAGAAAUAUGGCCGGUUGGCAACGCAGGACAACAGAGAAGGAGAGCAAUGGCUCCCCAUAUAAAUGAGCCCGACUUGGAGCCCACUGAUAUGAAUCAAACUGUUUACUCACAAAGCUUUAAGGGAAUACAGCACAAACGUACCCUAGCACAAUUUUCCCUCGAGAACACUGUGACCGUAGUUACGGGUGGUGCUCAGGGUCUCGGUUUAGUGAUGACCCAGGCCCUGGUGGCUUCUGGAUCAAAUGUAGCCAUUGUUGAUCUGAAAAGGACAGAAGGGGAGUACCAGGCGAGAAAGUUACUGCAACAAUUUAGUCGGGAGAAUCCAGGAUCGAAAGUACUCCCUACCAUUACUGCCCACUUUGCCGAUGUAUCCAAGCCUGAGUCGGUCAAUCGAGCUAUCGAUGAAGUGCUGGAGCAGCAUGGCAAAAUCGAUAACUUGGUCACCUCCGCUGGCUUUACCGAGAAUUUCGCUGCUAUUGAUUACCCCUAUGAUAGAAUGCAGAAGUGCUGGGGGGUUAACGUUGAUGGAACCUAUCUAUUUGCUGUCGGUGUGGCUAAACAUCUGAUAGGGCGCAAGGCCCCCGGAAGUAUUGUCAUGAUUGGUAGUAUGUCUGGCACGGUUGUCAACGUUCCUCAGCCCCAAGCCCCCUAUAAUGCAGCCAAAGCGGCUGUCCGCCAGCUGGCUGCCUCUCUAGCCGUGGAAUGGGCCCCCUACAACAUCCGAGUGAACUGUAUCAGUCCAGGAUACAUAAUGACUGCGCUAACACGAAAGAUCCUGAACGAAAAUCCAGACUUGGAGGCUAAAUGGACAUCAUUAAUUCCAACGGGAAAGAUGGGACUCCCAGAAGAUCUCAUGGGACCAGUGACUUUCUUGCUCAGCGACGCUUCCAAAUAUGUCACUGGCGCUGAUCUCCGCGUGGAUGGCGGCUACACUAUUGCCUAG